AUAUCGCUAGAAAAGACGCACAGCAAGCUGAGCUGCCAGUGGAGGCGAGCAGAGUCUUAGCAGAGCUGACUCCUCAAGAGCCAUGGCUGAAGGGGGCGACGUGGAGGAUGAGAUUCAAUUCCUCCGGACUGAUGAUGAAGUUGUCCUUCAGUGUGUUGCCAAUAUACACAAAGAACAGAGAAAAUUCUGCUUGGCAGCUGAGGGUCUUGGGAAUCGACUGUGCUUCUUGGAACCAACCUCAGAAGCUAAAUAUGUUCCGCCAGACCUUUGCAUCUGUAAUUUUGUGCUGGAGCAGUCCCUAUCUGUCAGGGCCCUUCAAGAAAUGUUGGCAAACACUACAGGAAAUGGCAGUGAAGGGGCCUCACAAGGAGGAGGACAUAGGACAUUACUGUAUGGUCAUGCAAUACUGCUUCGACAUUCAUUCAGUGGAAUGUAUUUAACAUGUUUGACAACAACAAGAUCAAUGACGGACAAACUUGCAUUUGACGUUGGUCUGCAGGAUACUUCAACAGGAGAGGCCUGCUGGUGGACAAUACAUCCAGCUUCCAAACAGAGGUCGGAAGGAGAGAAAGUUCGAAUUGGUGAUGAUCUGAUUUUAGUCAGCGUUUCUUCUGAAAGAUACCUUCAUCUCUCUAUAUCCAAUGGGAUGGGAAACAUUCAAGUUGAUGCCUCAUUUAUGCAGACUCUGUGGAAUGUACAUCCAACGUGCUCUGGAAGCAGUGUUGAAGAAGGUUAUCUUCUUGGUGGACAUGUGGUUCGGUUUUUCCAUGGACAUGAUGAAUGCUUGACAAUACCAUCUACUGACCCUGCCGAGGCCCAGCACAGGAAAGUCAACUACGAAGCAGGAGGAGCAGGUGUUCGUGCCAGGUCAUUAUGGCAAGUGGAGCCCCUAAGAAUAAGCUGGAGUGGAAGUCACAUUCGUUGGGGUCAGACAUUCCGCCUUCGCCAUAUCACAACUGGGCAGUAUUUGGCACUGACAGAGGACCAAGGAUUAGUGCUACAAGACAGAACAAAGUCAGAUACAAAGUCAUCAGCCUUCUGCUUCAAAGUAUCCAAAGAAAAGUUGGACUCUGGCCAAAAACGAGACAUUGAUGGAAUGGGAGUAGCAGAGAUUAAGUAUGGAGAUUCCAUUUGCUUUAUCCAACAUGUUGACAGCGGCCUCUGGUUGACCUAUAAAUCUCAAGAUGCCAAAACAGCACGUCUCGGACCAGUAAAAAGAAGGGCAAUCCUGCACAUUGAGGGACAUAUGGAUGAUGGUGUCACUUUACAGAAAUGUCAGCACGAAGAGUCCCAAGCUGCAAGAAUCAUCCGUAACACCACUGCCUUGUUUAGUCAGUUUAUAAGUGAUUUGGAUUCUCUGACUGGAAACAACCGGACAGUUACAACCCCCAUCACCCUGCCUAUUGAGGAGGUAGUUCAAACCCUGCAAGACUUGAUUGCUUAUUUCAAGCCUCCCGAAGAAGAACUAGAACAUGAAGACAAACAAAAUAAGCUCCGUUCACUAAAAAAUAGACAAAACCUAUUUAAAGAGGAGGGAAUGCUGGCACUGGUGUUGAACUGCAUUGACCGUCUGAAUGUGUACAUCAGUGCAGCACACUUUGCCGAAUUCAUAGGAGAAAAAGCAGGGCCAGCAUGGAAGGAAAUUCUGAACCUUCUCUACGUGUUAUUAGCUGCCCUGAUUCGUGGUAACAGAAGUAAUUGUGCACAAUUUUCUAAUAACCUGGAUUGGCUUAUUAGUAAAUUAGAGCGUCUUGAAUCUUCGUCAGGUAUAUUGGAGGUUCUGCACUGCAUCUUAAUAGAAAGUCCAGAAGCUUUAAACCUAAUUGAGAAGGGACAAAUCCGAUCCGUAAUUUCCCUUCUGGACAAGCAUGGACGAAACUGCAAGGUUCUGGACGUCCUCUGUUCUCUUUGUGUAUGUAAUGGAGUUGCGGUGCGUACAAACCAGAACCUCAUUUGCGAUAACUUGCUGCCCAGAAGAGAUUUACUUUUACAAACACGUUUGGUGAAUGAUGUCACAAGUAUGAGGCCAAACAUUUUUCUGGGAGUGGCGGAGGGAUCGGCGCAAUACAAGAAGUGGUACUUUGAGAUGAUCAUAGACCAGGUGGAUCCAUUUCUGACUCCAGAACCCACUCAUCUGCGUGUUGGCUGGGCCUCCACGUCUGGCUAUGCUCCGUACCCUGGUGGAGGCGAAGGAUGGGGAGGCAAUGGGGUGGGUGAUGAUCUUUUCUCCUAUGGUUUUGAUGGUCUCCAUUUGUGGUGUGGCCGGGUACCCAGGGCAGUGGCCUCAACUAAUCAGCAUCUACUGGCAUCCGAUGAUGUGGUCAGCUGUUGUUUGGACUUAGGGGUGCCAAGCAUUUCAUUCCGUAUUAAUGGGCAACCAGUCCAAGGCAUGUUUGAGAACUUUAACACCGAAGGCCUCUUUUUUCCAGUAGUGAGCUUUUCUGCUGGGGUCAAAGUCCGUUUUCUUCUUGGUGGUCGUCAUGGGGAGUUCAAAUUUCUACCACCUGCUGGCUAUGCCCCGUGCUACGAGGCUUUACUUCCAAAAGAGAAGAUGAGAGUAGAACCUGUGAAAGAAUACAAGAGGGACUUUGACGGAGUUCGUGAUUUACUUGGCACAACGCACUUUCUCUCACAGGCCUCAUUCAUUCCCUGCCCCAUUGACACUAGUCAGAUCGUUUUGCCUCCUCAUCUAGAAAAGAUCCGAGACAAGUUGGCUGAAAACAUCCAUGAACUUUGGGGCAUGAAUAAAAUUGAGCUAGGGUGGAUCUAUGGAAAGGUACGAGAUGAUAAUAAAAGACAGCAUCCUUGCUUGGUUGAGUUCUCAAAACUACCAGAAACAGAGAAGAACUACAACCUUCAGAUGUCCACUGAGACAUUAAAAACGCUGUUGGCCCUGGGAUGCCUCAUUGUUCACUCAAAUCAAACAGCCGAAGAAAAUCUGAAGAAAGUUAAACUCCCUAAAAACUAUGUGAUGUCCAAUGGGUACAAACCUGCCCCACUGGAUCUCUCUGAUGUAAAGUUGUUACCAGCGCAAGAAGUUCUAGUUGAUAAGCUUGCCGAGAAUGCACACAAUGUUUGGGCAAAAGAUAGAAUUAAACAAGGAUGGACCUAUGGCAUCCAGCAGGAUCUAAAGAAUAAACGCAAUCCACGCUUGGUGCCAUAUGCUUUACUAGAUGAACGGACUAAGAAAUCUAAUCGAGACAGCUUGCGUGAAGCUGUCAGAACAUUUAUUGGCUACGGGUAUAACAUUGAGCCGCCAGACCAAGAAAUCACUGACCAAAUGAUGGAGCGGGUCAGCAUUGAUAAGAUUCGCUUCUUCAGGGUGGAGAAAACAUAUUCUGUGGAAAGUGGGAAAUGGUAUUUUGAGUUUGAAGUGGUGACUGGAGGUGACAUGCGUGUGGGCUGGGCAAGACCUGGGUGCAGACCUGAUAUUGAACUUGGAGCAGACGAUCAGGCUUUUGUAUUUGAGGGAAGCAGGGCUCAGUGUUGGAAUAUGGGCAGCUCCUUCUUUGGUCGGAACUGGCAACCAGGAGAUGUUGUUGGAUGUAUGAUUAAUUUAGAGGACAAAUCGAUGAUCUUCACGCUGAAUGGUGAAUUGCUGAUCACCAAUCAAGGGUCUGAGCUGGCAUUCGCAGACUUUGAAAUUGAGAAUGGUUUUGUCCCUGUCUGCUCUUUGGGAUUAUCGCAGAUUGGACGUAUGAAUCUGGGGAAAGAUGCCAGCACCUUCAAGUACUUUACAAUGUGUGGACUGCAGGAAGGUUUUCAACCCUUUGCGGUCAACAUGAACAGAGAUGUCACCAUGUGGUUCAGCAAACGCCUACCCACCUUUGUCAAUGUGCCGAAACAUCAUUCUCAUAUUGAGGUAACACGGAAAGAUGGAACGGUAGAAAGCCCUCCAUGUCUGAAGGUCACACACAAAACAUUUGGCACACAAAACAGCAAUGAGGAUAUGAUAUACUGUAGGUUGAGUAUGCCUGUCGAGUUCCAUUCUGCAUUCACCAAUGAAGAGAACUUCCAGAAGAGAAUCCAUCUUCAGGACGCAUCCAUGCACAACACCACAUCUUAUUAUUAUUCUGUGAGAGUAUUUGCUGGCCAAGACCCCUCCUCUGUGUGGGUUGGUUGGGUGACCCCUGAUUACCAUUUCUACAGUGAAAAGUUUGACUUGAGCAAGAAUCGCACUGUGACUGUCACUUUAGGGGAUGAACGAGGAAGAGUGCACGAAAGUGUAAAACGUAGUAAUUGUUACAUGGUAUGGGGAGGUGACCUCUCACCCGGCUCCCAGAGGUCCAGCCGCAGCAAUGUAGACGUUGAAAUUGGGUGCCUUGUUGACUUAGCGGCUGGGCUGUUGUCCUUCACUACUAAUGGAAAAGACCUCGGAACUUGCUACCAGGUUGAACCGAACACCAAGCUGUUUCCAGCAGUCUUCCUGCAACCAACCAGCACAAAUCUCUUUCAGUUCGAGCUUGGAAAAUUAAAGAAUACAAUGCCCCUUUCUGCUGCAAUAUUUAAAAGUGAGGAAAAGAACCCAGUGCCACAGUGCCCUCCUCGCUUGGAUGUGCAAACCAUCACUCCGGUUCUUUGGAGCCGCAUGCCAAACAUCUUCUUAAAGGUUGAUACAGAGCGUGUGAGUGAGCGUCAUGGCUGGGUGGUACAGUGUCUGGAACCUUUGCAGAUGAUGGCCUUACACAUACCCGAGGAAAACAGGUGCAUUGAUAUAUUGGAGCUCUCUGAGCAGGAAGACCUGAUGAAGUUUCAUUAUCACACCCUGAAACUAUACUGUGCUGUAUGUGCGCUGGGCAAUAAUCGUGUAGCGCAUGCAUUGUGUAGCCACGUGGAUCAGUCACAGCUUCUCUACACUAUCGAUAACCAGUACCUGCCAGGUUUACUGAGGUCAGGCUUCUAUGACCUGCUCAUUAGCAUCUACCUAGAGUCUGCCAAAGAAGGCAAACUCACGAUGAACAAUGAGUUUAUCAUUCCUAUCACUGAUGAGACUCGGCAGAUCGAACUCUAUCCUGAUGAAUCCAAGAGGCAUGGACUGCCGGGUGUUGGCCGCAGUACCUGUUUGAAAUCCGACCUCCACUUUACAAUACCUUGUUUUUUAUUGGUUGGUGAAGAACGGCAGCAGCAUGGUCCAGAGAUUCCAGUGGACAUCUUGAAGUCCAAAGCCAUUGGGAUGCUGACCGAAGCUGUGCAGAGCAGUGGGGAUCACAUACGAGACCCUGUAGGGGGCAAAGCAGAAUUCCAGUUCGUGCCAGUGCUCAAGCUUAUUGCUACGUUGCUAAUUAUGGGUGUGUUUGAGGAUGAGGAUGUCCAGCAGAUCCUUCUGCUUAUUGAUCCAAAUGUUUUUGGUGAUCAUAAAGAAGAGGAAGAAGAAGAUAGAUGUGAGAAAGAGGAAGUUGCACAAGAUGAAGAAAAGGCUGUGGAAGCUGGUGAAAAGGCUACAAGAGAUGCCAACGCUCCUGUAAAAGGUUUGCUACAGACACGGCUCCCGGAGUCUGUCAAACUCCAGAUGUGCGAGCUGCUCCAUUAUUUCUGUGACUGUGAACUGAAACACAGAGUUGAAUCGAUUGUUUCGUUCUCUGAUAACUUUGUGUCAAAGCUACAGUACAAUCAGAAAUUCCGAUACAAUGAGCUGAUGUUGGCAAUGAACAUGUCUGCUGCUCUAACUGCCAAGAAAACAAGGGAGUUCCGGUCACCUCCACAGGAGCAGAUUAACAUGCUUCUGAAUUUCCAUCUUCAUGAUGACUGUCCUUGUCCUGAGGAGAUUCGGGAUGAGCUCUACGAAUUUCAUGAAGAUCUUCUCAUGCAUUGCGGUAUUCCACUGGAGGAGGAGGAAGAAGAAGGGGAGGAUACAUCAUGGACCGGUCGGCUCCGUUCCUUGGUAUAUAAAAUUAAAGGACGGUCAAAGACAGAAGAAAACGAUCCAGCAGAGGAGGAAGAGAAAUCUCCUACUACACUGAAGGAACUCAUAUCACAGACCAUGGUGCGUUGGGCUCAAGAAGAUCACAUCCAGGAUCCAGAACUAGUGCGCAUCAUGUUUAGCCUCCUGCGUCGGCAGUAUGACAGCAUUGGAGAGCUAUUACAAGCCAUGAGAAAAACCUAUACCAUCAGUGCAGCCUCCGUGGAAGACACUAUUAACCUGCUGGCAUCUCUGGGGCAAAUACGCUCCUUGCUCAGUGUUCGGAUGGGCAAAGAGGAGGAAAUGUUAAUGAUUGAUGGCCUGGGUGACAUAAUGAACAACAAGGUAUUUUAUCAGCAUCCAAAUUUGAUGCGUGUUUUGGGGAUGCACGAGACCGUUAUGGAAGUCAUGGUGAAUGUAUUGGGUGGAGACAAGUCUCAGCAAAUCACGUUCCCCAAAAUGGUGGCAAGUUGCUGCAGAUUUUUAUGCUACUUCUGCAGAAUUAGCAGGCAGAACCAAAAGGCCAUGUUUGAGCAUCUUGGCUACUUGUUGGAAAACAGCAGUGUUGGACUAGCAUCCCCAUCAAUGAGAGGCUCCACUCCUCUGGAUGUUGCUGCAGCCUCGGUAAUGGACAACAAUGAACUAGCUCUGGCUCUGCAGGAACCAGACUUGGAAAAAGUUGUUACAUACCUGGCAGGAUGUGGCCUGCAGAGUUGCCUGAUGCUCAUAGCCAAGGGCUAUCCUGACAUUGGAUGGAAUCCCAUAGAAGGGGAACGAUACCUAUCUUUUCUGCGUUUUGCUGUUUUUGUCAACUGUGAGAGCGUCGAAGAGAACGCCAGUGUGGUGGUGAAGCUGCUUAUCAGACGCCCUGAGUGUUUUGGGCCAUCACUGAGAGGAGAGGGAGGAAAUGGUUUGCUUUCGGCAAUGCAGGAAGCUAUUAACAUUUCUGAGAACCCGGCUUUGGACCUUCCUUCUCAGGGGUAUCAGAGGGAAGUGGUCGAAGAAGAUGAAGAAGAAGAAGAGAUUGUACACAUGGGAAAUGCUAUAAUGUCCUUUUAUUCUGCACUUAUUGAUCUUCUGGGACGUUGCGCGCCGGAACCCCAUUUGAUCCAGGCUGGUAAAGGUGAAGCUAUCCGGAUCCGAUCCAUCCUCCGUUCACUUGUGCCCACUGAGGAUCUGGUUGGGAUCAUUAGUAUUCCCCUAAAACUGCCUGCAUUUAACAAAGAUGGUUCUGUAUUUGAGCCUGACAUGGCGGCCAGCUUCUGCCCAGAUCACAAGGCCCCCAUGGUGCUUUUUCUAGACCGUGUCUAUGGUAUUAAGGACCAAAGCUUCCUCCUCCAUCUGUUGGAGGUGGCGUUCUUACCUGAUCUACGAGCAUCUGCCUCUCUCGACACAGCUUCACUGAGUGUCACGGAGAUGGCUCUGGCUCUGAACCGAUAUAUUUGCUCAGCAGUCCUCCCACUACUCACACGAUGUGCUCCUCUCUUCACCGGCACGGAACAUUACGCAGCACUGAUUGAUUCCACACUGCAUACAAUCUACAGGCUCUCCAAAGGCCGUUCUCUCACCAAGGCUCAGCGAGACACAAUUGAGGAGUGUCUGCUCUCAAUCUGCCAUCAUCUACGCCCUUCUAUGCUCCAACAGUUGUUGCGACGUCUGGUUUUUGAUGUUCCAUUACUCAACGAAUACUGCAAAAUGCCCCUAAAGCUCUUAACAAACCAUUAUGAGCAGUGCUGGAAGUAUUACUGCCUCCCCUCGGGAUGGGGGAGCUAUGGAUUGGCCUCUGAGGAAGAACUGCACUUAACAGAGAAGCUGUUCUGGGGGAUAUUUGAUUCUCUCUCUCAUAAGUUCCUAUCUCUCCUGCAGAAGUAUGAAGCUGAGCUCUUCAGAAUGUCUAUGCCCUGUCUCAGUGCCAUAGCUGGCGCUUUGCCACCAGAUUAUGUUGAUACCAGAAUUAAAGCCACUCCUGAGAAGCAGAUGUCUGUGGAUUCGGAGGGGAAUUUUGACCCCAAACCCAUCAAUACUGCCAAUCUCACAUUGCCUGAAAAGCUUGAAUAUAUUGUCAAUAAAAAUGCAGAACAUUCCCACGAUAAAUGGGCUUGUGAUAAGAUACACAGUGGAUGGAAAUAUGGAUUAUCUCUUGAUGAAAAUACUAAAACUCACCCACUUCUGCGACCUUAUAAGACAUUGUCUGAAAAGGAGAAAGAAAUUUAUCGCUGGCCUAUCAGAGAGUCGGUCAAAACUAUGUUGGUAAUGGGCUGGAGCGUGGAACGGACCAAGGAAGGAGAAGCUUUGGCUCUGCACAGGGAGAAUGAGAAGAUGCGUAGUAUAUCCCAAACAAGCCAGGGAAAUGGUUACAGCCCUACCCCAAGUGAUUUGAGCAAUGUUGUACUCUCCAGAGAGCUGCAGGGAAUGGUUGAAGUGAUGGCGGAAAACUACCAUAACAUUUGGGCAAAAAAGAAAAAGAUGGAACUGGAGAGCAAAGGUGGGGGAAGCCACCCAUUGCUGGUUCCAUAUGACACCUUAACAGCAAAAGAGAAAGCUCGAGAUCGAGAGAAGGCUCAGGAGCUUUUCAAGUUCCUGCAAGUGAACGGAUAUGCCAUAUCCAGGGGAUUGAAGGAUAUGGAGCUGGACGCUUCCUCCAUGGAGAAGAGAUUUGCUUUUAAAUUCUUGAAAAAGGUUCUCCAAUACGUGGACUCUGCACAGGAGUUCAUUGCACAUUUGGAGGCUGUUGUUGGCAGUGGUAAAAGUGAGAAAUCCCCACACGAACAAGAAAUCAAAUUUUUUGCAAAGGUUCUACUCCCGCUAGUUGACCAGUACUUUAAGAACCAUUGCCUCUACUUUCUCUCCUCCCCAAUUAAAACUCUCAGCAGCAGCGGGUAUGCCUCAAACAAAGAAAAAGAGAUGGUGGCAAGUCUGUUCUGCAAACUGGCAGCUCUUGUCAGACAUAGGAUUUCACUCUUUGGAAGUGAUUCUUCCACCAUGGUGAGCUGUCUACACAUACUCGCCCAAACACUUGACACACGUACAGUGAUGAAGUCUGGAUCAGAAUUGGUGAAGGCUGGUGUUCGUGCUUUUUUUGAAAAUGCUGCUGAAGAUCUUGAGAAAACCUUAGAGAACCUUAAGCUGGGGAAAUUUACUCACUCAAGAACCCAAAUGAAAGGCGUUUCACAGAAUAUUAAUUACACCACAGUGGCCCUCUUGCCAAUCUUAACUUCCAUCUUUGAGCAUGUGGCCCGCCAUCAGUUUGGAGUGGAUUUGCUUUUGGAUGAUGUGCAAGUUUCCUGUUAUCGAAUCCUGUGCAGUCUCUACUCCCUUGGGACAGGAAAGAACAUCUAUGUUGAAAGGCAGCGACCGGCUCUGGGAGAGUGUUUGGCAGCUCUGGCUGGGGCAAUUCCAGUAGCUUUUCUUGAACCCUCUCUAAACCAUAACAACCCACUUUCGGUUUUCAACACCAAGUCUCCCCGAGAGCGUGCUAUUCUUGGAAUGCCAGACACGGUAGAAGAAAUGUGUUCAGAUAUGCCACACUUGGAAGGAUUGAUGAAAGAGAUUAAUGAACUGGCAGAGUCUGGAGCUAGGUACAAUGACAUGCCACAUGUUAUCGAGGUCAUUUUGCCCAUGCUGUGCAAUUAUCUGUCCUACUGGUGGGAGAGGGGUACAGAAAAUGUGCCGGAAAAUGCCAGGCCAUGCUGUACACAAGUUACAUCAGAACACCUAAGUGUCAUCCUUGGUAACAUUCUUAAGAUCAUCAACAACAACCUGGGAAUAGACGAGGCUUCGUGGAUGAAGAGAAUUGCAGUUUAUGCUCAACCAAUUAUCAGCAAGGCUCAGCCCGACCUCCUGAAAAGUCAUUUCAUUCCGACGCUGGAGAAACUGAAAAAGAAAGCGAUAAAAAUUGUGCAGGAGGAGGAACUGCUAAAAGCAGACAGCAAGUCGGACACUCAGGAGGCUGAACUUCUCAUUCUCGAUGAGUUUGCUGUGUUGUGUAGGGAUCUCUAUGCCUUCUAUCCUAUGCUGAUCCGAUAUGUGGACAAUAACAGAUCCAACUGGCUGAAAAAGCCAAACAUUGAGUCUGAUGAGCUCUUCCGAAUGGUGGCCGAAGUCUUCAUUCUGUGGUGCAAAUCUCAUAAUUUUAAGAGAGAAGAACAGAAUUUUGUGAUUCAGAAUGAGAUCAAUAAUUUGGCAUUUCUAACUGGAAACAACAAGAGCAAGAUGUCAAAAUCUGGUGGACAAGACCAAGAACGGAAAAGGACAAAGCGUCGGGGUGACCUUUAUUCUAUACAAACCUCCCUAAUUGUGGCUGCCCUGAAAAAGAUGCUGCCUAUUGGACUGAACAUGUGCACCCCAGGGGACCAAGAGCUGAUCUCAUUGGCAAAGAGCAGAUACAGCCUGAAAGAUACAGAUGAUGAAGUGAAAGAACAUUUACGUAGCAACCUCCAUCUGCAGGAAAGGUCGGAAGACCCUGCGGUGAAGUGGCAGCUUAAUCUUUACAAGGAUAUUCUGAGAAAUGAAGAGCAGGAUUCAGAAAAGACCGUAGAGCGUGUUCAGAAAAUAUCCGCAGCAGUCUUUCACCUUGAGCAGGUGGAGCAGCCAUUGAGAUCUAAAAAAGCUGUUUGGCACAAGCUUUUGUCGAAGCAGAGGAAGCGAGCUGUGGUGGCUUGUUUCCGCAUGGCUCCAUUGUACAAUCUUCCAAGACACAAAAUUAACAAUUUCUUCCUGAGCUCCUACCAACGCAUUUGGCUGGAAAAAGUACAUGAGAACUCAGACUAUGACAGUCUAAUACUCGUGUUAACGAAACCCAAGAAAACCGACGAGGAAGAAGAAGAGGAGACGGAAAAGAAACCAGAUCCCCUUCACCAGAUAAUUUUACACUUCAGCCGUAAUGCCCUUACUGAGAGGAGCAAAUUGGAAGAGGAUCCCCUCUAUACAGCAUAUGCGGCCAUGAUGGCAAAGAGCUGUCAAAAUGAAGAAGAAGAAGAUGAAGAAAAAGAUAAAACAUUUGAAGAAAAAGAAAUGGAAAAGCAGAAGACCUUGUACCAGCAAGCCCGUCUGCAUGAGAGAGGGGCAGCUGAAAUGGUAUUACAGAUGAUCAGUGCAAGUAAAGGUGAAAUGAGUACCAUGGUUGUGGAAACUCUGAAACUUGGAAUUUCGAUUCUGAAUGGUGGUAACACUGUGGUGCAGCAGAAAAUGCUAGAUUACCUUAAGGAGAAGAAAGAUGCAGGAUUUUUUCAGAGCUUGUCCGGCUUGAUGCAGUCAUGCAGUGUUCUCGAUUUGAAUGCAUUCGAAAGACAGAAUAAGGCAGAAGGCCUUGGGAUGGUCACAGAGGAAGGCACACUCAUUGUUCGGGAAAGAGGAGAGAAGGUAUUGCAGAAUGAUGAAUUCACAAGAGACCUCUUCAGGUUCCUGCAACUUCUGUGUGAAGGCCAUAACAAUGACUUUCAGAAUUUCCUUCGAACUCAAAUGGGAAACACAACUACUGUGAACAUUAUCAUUAGCACAGUGGAUUAUCUGCUUCGCCUUCAGGAAUCCAUCAGUGACUUCUACUGGUAUUACUCUGGAAAAGAGGUUAUCGAUGAAUCUGGCCAACACAACUUUUCAAAGUCUCUGGCUGUUACAAAACAAAUUUUUAAUUCACUAACAGAAUAUAUUCAGGGUCCGUGCAUUGGAAACCAGCAGAGCUUAGCGCACAGUCGACUUUGGGAUGCAGUGGUUGGUUUCCUUCAUGUCUUCGCCAACAUGCAAAUGAAGCUUUCACAGGAUUCUAGUCAAAUAGAGUUGCUGAAGGAAAUGUUAGAUCUUUUGCAGGAUAUGGUGGUGAUGCUCCUUUCCCUUCUAGAAGGGAAUGUAGUAAAUGGGACUAUUGGAAAACAAAUGGUAGACACACUUGUAGAGUCUUCAAGCAACGUAGAGAUGAUUUUGAAGUUCUUUGAUAUGUUUCUGAAGCUGAAAGAUCUAACAAGUUCUGAUACAUUUAAAGAAUAUGAUCCCGAAGGGAAAGGCAUCAUCUCCAAAAAGGAAUUCCAGAAGGCAAUGGAGGGACAGAAGCAAUAUGCUCAGUCUGAAAUUGAAUUCCUACUCUCCUGUGCAGAGGCAGACGAGAAUGAUAUGUUUAAUUAUGUUGAAUUUGUAGACCGAUUUCAUGAACCAGCAAAGGACAUUGGGUUUAAUGUUGCCGUAUUGCUAACUAACCUCUCUGAACACAUGCCAAAUGAUUCCAGACUGCAGUGUCUUUUAGAUCCAGCAAACAGUGUACUUAGUUACUUUUCUCCAUACCUUGGCCGUAUUGAAAUCAUGGGUGGAGCAAAAAGAAUAGAGAGAGUCUACUUUGAAAUAAGCGAGUCAAGCCGAACACAGUGGGAAAAACCUCAGGUCAAAGAGUCCAAGAGGCAAUUUAUAUUUGAUGUGGUCAAUGAGGGAGGAGAACAGGAGAAAAUGGAAUUGUUUGUGAACUUUUGUGAAGACACUAUCUUUGAGAUGCAAUUGGCAUCCCAAAUUUCGGAGUCAGAUACUACAGAGAGGCCAGAGGAUGAGGAAGAUGAUGAACCUCACCAUAUAAUUGAAGUUGGUGAAGAAAACAACGAAUCGCAGUCUGCAGAAUCUCCUUCAGCUUUUAUUGCUGCUUUCACGGCAUUUAAAAAGAAUACCUCCAAUUUCAUUAAAAUGCUUACCUUGAAAAAUGUUGUUAAGCAAUUUCGUAAGGUGAAAAAAAUGACUCUUAAAGAAUUGGUGAAAGUCUUCUUUUCAUUUUUCUGGAUGCUCUUUGUUGGCUUGUUUCAGUUUGUGUUUACUAUAGUAUGGGGAAUAUUUCAGAUUCUUUGGACUACUGUAUUUGGAGGGGGUUUAGUAGAAGGAGCUAAAAACAUUAAAGUCACCAAAAUUCUGGGGGAUAUGCCAGAUCCCACACAAUUUGGAAUUCACGAUGAUGUCCUGGAUGGUGAAAAAGCAGAUGCACUUGAAAACACCAUUUCUAUAGACCUUCCACAUCUUGCUAAAGGAGACAAAGGAGAUGUUGAUAUGCCAGACAUAUUUAGCAUGCAGGCUAAGAAGCAUGGACAAGACAUCGGACUUGGUGAUUUCUCAGAGAUUGCAAGUAUAGAUAGUGCAACCAGUUUGGAGAGCGCCGUCCAUAAAAAGAAAAAAGCUCUUGCGGCUCAGAGUGAAAAGGAACAUGAUGAUGACUUAAAAGUUGAAUCCGAGAAAGCGGACAUGGAAGAUGGUGAGAAGAAGGAUAAAGCUAAAGCAGAAGAAGAAUCUGAAUUUUUGGAAAGCAGAGGGACAUCAAUUAAAAGGAAAAGGCGAGGAAUGAAGAAGGAGCAUCCGGAAGCAUUUAUGGCAAACUUCCUUGCUGGUUUGGAGAUCUACCAAACCAAAACGCUGAAUUAUCUGGCCCGAAACUUCUACAACCUAAGAUUUCUCGCUCUGUUUGUUGCAUUCGCCAUUAACUUCAUUCUGUUAUUCUACAAGGUUACAGAGGAACCAUCAAGUGAAGAGCCGGAUAAUGAUUCCAAUCUGUGGAACUCAUUCCAAGAAGAUGAGGAGGAUGCAGAUGAAGGGGCAGUUUAUUUUGUUCUUCAGGAGAACACCGGUUACAUGGCACCAACUCUCCGAAUCUUGGCUAUUAUUCACACCAUCAUCUCCUUUCUCUGUGUUAUUGGAUAUUACUGUUUGAAGGUUCCGCUGGUGGUAUUUAAACGUGAGAAGGAAAUCGCACGCAAUGUAGAGUUUGAUGGUCUAUACAUUACAGAGCAGCCCUCAGAUGAUGACAUUAAAGGGCAGUGGGAUCGUCUCGUCAUUAAUACUCCGUCAUUUCCUAACAACUACUGGGAUAAAUUUGUUAAAAGAAAGGUUAUCAACAAGUAUGGAGACCUAUAUGGGGCAGACAGAAUUGCAGAACUUCUCGGCCUGGAUAAGAAUGCUCUGGAUUUCAGCCCAGUGGAAAAGACAAAAUCUGAAGAGGGAUCGCUUGUAUCAUGGUUGAGUUCCAUUGAUAUGAAGUAUCACAUCUGGAAACUUGGAGUCGUCUUCACUGACAACUCUUUCCUUUACCUUGCUUGGUACACAACCAUGUCGAUCCUUGGACACUACAACAAUUUCUUCUUUGCUGCUCAUCUCCUUGACAUUGCUAUGGGCUUCAAAACUCUGAGAACCAUUUUAUCUUCAGUCACUCACAAUGGAAAACAAUUGGUGCUUACAGUUGGCCUUCUAGCUGUUGUUGUUUAUCUAUACACGGUUGUGGCCUUCAACUUCUUCCGUAAAUUCUACAACAAAAGUGAGGAUGAGGACGAUCCUGAUAUGAAGUGUGAUGACAUGAUGACGUGCUACCUAUUCCACAUGUACGUGGGAGUGAGAGCUGGAGGUGGGAUUGGAGAUGAGAUUGAGGAUCCUGCGGGGGAUCCUUAUGAAAUGUAUCGCAUCGUGUUUGACAUCACUUUCUUCUUCUUUGUGAUUGUCAUCCUCUUGGCGAUUAUUCAAGGUUUAAUCAUUGAUGCUUUUGGUGAAUUAAGAGACCAGCAAGAACAAGUUAGAGAGGAUAUGGAGACAAAAUGUUUUAUUUGUGGAAUUGGAAAUGAUUACUUUGAUACAACGCCUCAUGGGUUUGAAACACACACGUUACAAGAGCACAAUCUGGCCAAUUAUCUGUUCUUUUUCAUGUAUCUCAUUAAUAAGGAUGAAACAGAACACACUGGUCAGGAAUCCUACGUUUGGAAGAUGUAUCAAGAGAGAUGUUGGGACUUCUUCCCAGCAGGCGACUGUUUCCGUAAACAAUAUGAAGACCAGCUUGGAUAAUGAAUCACCAACAGCCAGAUCUAACUGGAAGGAGCCUGGGUCUGGACCAACCAUUAUCGUAUGGGACAUGUUUACCUAAAAACUACUCCUGCCCAACACGAUUACCAGCUGCUCGUCUGGAACAGAGUCAUUUCCUUAAUACCAAGGAUGUGUAUCAUUACACGAGUCAGGUGUCUAACAAAUGUGCAAUUAAAAACCCAGAUUUAUAGAACAAAAAAAAUAAAAUCAAUCACUACAAUAAACGGAUACUCUUACACAUGUAAUUAGCCAUAGUGCCAUUUGUUAAGUCACUGAAAACCAGAUCACAUACGGAGCAGAAAGGACCUACAGCCACAAGUUUACUUACGAACCAAUGAUAUUCAGCCUGACUGCACCCGCUCUCCCAGCUGUAGUAUCCACCAUCUAUUUUGUAUUCCUCUGUCACCAAACCACAGGCAGGAGUCUCGUUGCUAGACUCCUGCAAUAGCUGCCCCAGAAUACAAGGGCUAAUUGACAACCACAGGAAAUGCACAAUAUUUAUCUCCACACAAACUGCUGAAUGUUCUGUGCUCAUACAACAGUGAAACUUACAGAUUUACUGUCAAGUUUUUUGUUUUUUUUCUUCACAGUGCACUGUAGACCUCAUCCAGCAGUUAUAACCAGCCCCCGUGUCCGGAGACGCAUGCAUACGGUUUUCUCUAAGAUUUUUGUUCUUCUUUCUCUUACUUUACUCAGUGAGGCUUUUGAUGACGCCACUUAUCAGAAACCUGACGCUAGUCACAGACGCCAUGUUUAUCGAAGUUUGCUGCAUCUGUCUUUAAGAACGUUGCGAUCUUGAGCCUGAAAGAAUAGGAUAUUCUGAAAUGGUUAUAGACUUGGGUUAUUACAUGUGAGCUAUUGCACACAUUUGUGGUAUCAAAGUGGCUUACAGCUCCUAGGUACCAGUUUACCUAUGUAAGAUAGUCUAAGCUAGGAAGUCUGAUAGUAUUUAUCUCUAGUUUGUAAAAUUUCAGGCAGUAGAAGAAAAAGAAAAGGGGGAAAUUGCGACUUAAUGCUUUCUUCGACCCUGAACAUAACAGAUUAAGUGCCUUAAUCGUCUGUAGACGUAGCUAUGCAAGAUGUGUUUUUGUUUUUUUUAUGUUAGUAUAUUAGGUUGACGAAAUACACAAAGUUGUGCUGUUCUUUGUCUUACUGUAUGAAAUGAGAAACUGCAUUCUAUUGCUAUUUAGUUUUUCUUUCAAUGACAGUUUGCUGUUAUUUAAGGAAAUUGGAAUGUAUCUUAAAAUAUCUUUAAUUCUCUUACAUGGAAAUCUUAUGCCAAAUCCAAGCACUGCUUUCUGGUCAUUGGUAAGUGCUGUAGUGAAGCUGCUAACUUUAUGCAUUUUUCUUCAAAUAAAGUGCCCAUCGCAAUAAAUAAAUGAUUAACCAUACAA